AUGGUAAGACUAACUUAUCUGCCCCGGAGCUGCGCGGUCGGGCCUGACGUGUGCGGCCUAGUGUUUGUGGAGGCGUCCCUGGGGGGUUUGGAGAAAACUAUUCAGACCUCUGUGAAAGUGGCCUUAAGGGAACACGGCUUCUGUGGCGCUGAAAGGAUCAAAGUUAAAAUGAUAAUUCUGGAAAAUGAAGCCGGUGGUGUGUUGCCGUGCGCAGUGGUGUGUUGGUGUGUUGCCGUGUGUUGCCGUGCACAGUGGUGUGUUGCCGUGCGCAGCGGUGUGUUGGCGUGUGUUGCCGUGCGCAGUGGUGUGUUGGCGUGUGUUGCCGUGCACAGUGGUGUGUUGCCGUGCGCAGCGGUGUGUUGGCGUGUGUUGCCGUGCGCAGUGGUGUGUUGGCGUGUGUUGCCGUGCACAGUGGUGUGUUUGCGUGUGUUGGCGUGCACAGUGGUGUGUUUGCGUGUGUUGGCGUGCACAGUGGUGUGUUUGCGUGUGUUGGCGUGCACAGUGGUGUGUUGCCGUGCGCAGUGGUGUGUUGGUGUGUUGGCGUGUGUUGCCGUGCACAGUGGUGUGUUGGCGUGCGCAGUGGUGUGUUGGCGUGUGUUGCCGUGCACAGUGGUGUGUUGGCGUGCGCAGUGGUGUGUUGGCGUGUGUUGCCGUGCACAGUGGUGUGUUGGCGUGCGCAGUGGUGUGUUGGCGUGUGUUGCACAGCGGUUUGUUGGCGUGCACAGUGUGCACAAAGCGCUGCACACGUGUGAUCAGGUGCCGGUGCUGAGGAGCUGCGACGUCCCUGAUCGUGUGGAGUGUUUCGUCGAGCUCUGA